ACUUGCUCGCAUUACAAUGCACACAAUGGAUUUUUUGGUUAUCUUGCAAUUGCUCUUGGUCAGUACCAUUAGUACCGCACAAUCAAACAUUGUAAUCUUUCUAGUGGAUGACCUUGGCAUAGGAGAUAUCGGGUGCUUUGGAAAUGACACUAUUAAGACACCUAAUAUUGAUAAACUGGCUAGAGAAGGGGCKAGACUGACUCAUAAUUUAGCUCCUGAAUCCGUGUGUACUCCGAGUCGGGCAGCAUUUCUAACGGGUCGGUAUGCAAUCAGGAGUGGUUUGGCCGCUAAUCCUGAUAGAACCAGGAUGUUCCUGUUUUUGUCCGUACCUGGUGGGCUGCCACAGAAUGAGACAACGUUUGCUGAGGUGCUGCAAGAUGCUGGCUAUGCUACUGGAUUGGUAGGCAAGUGGCACUUGGGGUUGAACCUCCACACUUCAGACGACUAUCACUUUCAUCCAAUGCGUCAAGGAUUCCAACACUUCUACGGUCUUCCCCUUACCAACGUACGCGAAUGCAAGGCUGGGCACUUCAUUUUUGAACUAAUUUUCCCAAACCUCCAGCGGAAUUUGUGCUAUACAUUAAUCUUAGUUGGASUCUCUGCUGUCGUGUGUUGUCUUGGAGGUCUGUUAUCCAAGCGUUCGGCAGUCUUUAUAAUUAUUCUAUGUGUAUCUAUUUAUGGAAGUUUUUUAUUCGCGCUGAAGUUGAGAAGACACUUUGUUUGUUUCUUGAUGCGCGACUAUGAAGUAGUCGAACAGCCAGUAGUCUUUGAAAACCUAACAUUAAGGCUGACUCAUGAUGCUGUUCAGUUCGUCGAAGACCACAAAUCAAAGCCUUUUCUCCUAUUCAUGUCGUAUGUCAAAGUCCACACUUCGUUAUUCACCAGUAAGAGAUUUGAAGGUCACAGCGUGCACGGGCAGUACGGUGACAACGUGGAAGAGAUGGAUUGGAGCGUCGGUGAGAUUAUGAAUGCACUGGAGAGGCUUGGCGUGAAGAAUGACACCUUCGUGUACUUUACGUCCGACCAUGGGCCACAUUUAGAGGAGAGCAGCGGAGGGGAAUACCAUGGUGGAUGGAAGGGCAUUUAUAAAGGAGGAAAGGGUCAGAGUUGGGAAGGAGGAAUCAGAGUACCAACCAUUGUCUCAUGGCCUUCUCACAUCCCACCUGGAAUCAAUAUUACUGAACCGACUAACAGCUUUGACAUCUUUCCAACAAUCAUUGACAUCACAGGGUCAUCAGUCCCUCAGGACCGAAUAAUUGAUGGCAAAAAUGUUAUGCCUCUGCUACUACGACAGGAGAAAUACUCCCCRCAUGAGUUUAUGUUUCAUUACUGCGCUAAGGAGGUCCAUGCCGUGCGAUACAGACCAAGGCAUGGUGAGACAACAUGGAAGGCUCAUUUCACAACUCCGAAAUGGAUUGAAGGAACUGAAGGCUGCAAUGGUAUGUGCCAUGAUUGUUACAACCAUGGCAUCAUCCGUCAURAAACUCCCUUAYUUUUUGACAUCACCUCAGAUCCCUCAGAGAGCCACCCCUUGAAUCCACAGGCAACCCAGUACAGGGAUGUUAUGGAGAAGAUCAUAGCUGCUGUGAAGGAGCAUCAGGAUCAUGUUGAUGAUGUACCAAACCAACUUGAUUUGAAUACAUUUUGGUAUCUUUCACGGAUGCAGCCUUGCUGUAACUACCCAUUUUGUUCUUGCAUUGAGAAUACAAYACAAACUAACCCUUUGACUACUAGAGGCUAAAAGGGUCCAACACAGGCUCUUCCUGGAACAUAAUUAGGGUGUUUUUAUUUCUCAAUAUYAAAAUGAAAAACAUUUGCUCAGUAGAUAUUGAGGCCUUAUAACACACAUCAAAGCAGUUGAUAGAAUCCCACUUGUUUCAAUACAUAGAAAUGUCCUAGGGGACGGGUAAUUGAAAAACAAAAAUGUCUUUGCGCUGGCUGCUUUUGGCCGCUCUAGUAGUGAAAGGGUUAACCUAUAGAGCUUACAAAUUUAUGCAAAUUCUAUUUUUUAAAUACUACUCAAUCGUGAUUGACUAAUUCGUAUGAAAAUUUUUCUGGGUGGCCUUGGUUGGGAUUGAUAAAUAAUAUUAUUAAUAUUGUGGAUAUUCGGUAUAAUGUUUUCCAUUUCAAACCAUGUGUCAUUCCCUAGAAUAGUAUUUCUUYGUUUAAUGGUUGCAUAUGAGAAGACAUAUGAAUAUGGAUACACUUCAAACGAAGAAUCUUAUUCUCAAAAGAAAAUGACGCAUAUGGUCUGAAAUGAAACAUUAUGCACAACCUAAAGAGAUCUAGUGGAUCCAUAACUUUUAGUUUUUAGAAAUUGUGCAUGUGAUAGAUUUAUUAUAUAAGUUUAUUGAGAUUUGGGGUGAGUUAAAGAAAAAAUUACUUUUGAAUGAAAACUUUACAAUAUUUAUAUCAA